AUGAGGUAUGAUGGAACGCAGGACCCCCUGGAGCAUCUAACGGCCUUCGAGGCCAUAAUGAACUUAGAAGGAGUAGGAGAUGAGUUCACAACCAGGAUCACGAAAGCCAAGCACCCGAUCAAUUUGCUAGGGGUGACCCAAAGAGCCGGGGAGCCGACCAGAAAAUACUUGGAUCGUUUCAACGACGAGUGCCUGGAAAUCGACGGUUUGACGGAUUCGGUGGCGAGUUUAUGUUUGACGAAUGGGCUCCUGAAUGAGGACUUCAGGAAGCACCUUACCACAAAGCUAGUCUGGACAAUGCAGGAGAUCCAGCACCACGAUGGUGGAAAAAGACAAAAGGAACACACCAGGGACGGCGGCUCGAGCAAGACGACAAAACCAUUUCCCCGAGUCGGAAAAUUCACCAACUACACCCCCCUCGCGGCACCAAUCACGGAGGUCUACCAACAGAUAGCCGAGAAAGGGAUACUAUCGAGGCCCCAUCCUCUGAAGGAUAGGACGGGGGAAAACAAAAGCCUCUACUGCGAAUAUCACAAGGGGUACGGGCACAAGACCCAAGACUGCUUCGACCUAAAGGAUGCCCUGGAGCAAGCAAUCAGGGACGGAAAGCUGGCUGACUUCUCCCACCUCAUAAGGGAAUCGAGGAGACGGAAUCGGGAUCACGAGGGUGAGGACAGGUCCAGGGCGACAAGACGACGUCAAGAACCAGAGGGAGACGACAACGGUCUCACGGUAGUGAAUGUAGUAACUGCAAGGAAUUCCGCCCCGAGGUCGAAAUCAGCACAGAAGAAAGACGCCAAGGUCCUGGCGGUCUCCUCCUCAUCUUCUAGAGUUCCCGGGGACACCCAUCCAUCUCUUUCGGCCCUGAGGAUCAAUGGUUCGAUGAGGUACCGGAAAGUCCCCCCAUGGUUAUCACGGCCAGAGUCGGAACCGGACUCAUCAAACGGAUCCUAG